AUGAGUCAUCUUCCAGGAGUAUUGUUCUUCUGGAAAGAUCUGGAAAGACCAAUUGAUAUGAUACUUCUCCAGUCAGAUCAGUCCAAGAGUUUUGCUGAGGAUAUUAUUUUAUCCUUCAGUCUUACUCUCAGAUUUAGCAGUAAUCAAUACUCAUUCACAACACUUGAUUCUCCUGAGAUCAACUUUGAUAUUGUCAAGGGAAACGAGCCUUUGCCCCCUUCCGCACUUCCUUUAGCUCUAAAGGGGGAGAUUCCUAUGAAUGAAUCUGAGUAUGAGCAUUUGUUAGAAUACUAUUGCGAGACAUACAAUGAUCAAACUCUUGUUCACUAUUGUCAGGCUGGUCAUUCCGAUAAUUUUAUUAACAAUCGGAUACAGAAGUUUGAAUCAAUCAAUAUUCUUGGGCAAAUCUACAAGAGUAAAACGAAGAAUCAGCGCAGGUCGUUCAUGCAAGCCUUGUUUGAGACAAGUGAUGGUAGAAGUACCAAGCCGUACACAGGUCAAAUUCAGUACCUCUUUGUCAAUACUGCUGAAGUUUUACUUCAGCCCAGAGCAGGAGAAGGAGUUGAGGUGAAUGAGGUGGGGUUCGAAGAUGACAGCAUGAACAGCAUUCUCCCAGUGCAUAGAAUCUGCUAUCCAGUCGCAGUAGGCGAGCCCCUUGGUCUAGAAGGCAAAGUUCAGAUGUGUGUAGUUCCUUUGCCACGAAAAAUAUAUAUUUAG